AGCCUUCCAGCGGGACAGCUCCGGGGUUCCUUCUCUGCCUUCCGCUGCUGCCCAUCGCCGUCUUCUCGCGCGCCAACUCGCCCGCCAACUCGCCCGCCUCUCCCGCCAAAGCCAAAACAACCGAUCGCCCACCUACCGCCCCCACCCCGACCAUCCUUCAGAGCAACAGCCAUGUCCGCCAGCAUCAAAGUGUCGACCACCAAGAGGACGUCCACCCGCAGCAGCGCGGGGGGCCCUAGCGUCGUCAGCGGCGGCUUCAGCAGCCGCUCGUUCGGCGGCGGCGUGGGGGGCAGCCGCUUCGGCGCGGGGGGAGGCUCCGCGUUCAGCCGCCGCAGCACGGCGCUCGGCGGCUCGUCGUACCGGGCCGGCUCGGCCGCCUCCAGCUUCGGCUACGGCAGCGGCAGCGGCGGCUACGGCUACGGCGUGGGCGGAGCGGGCGCGGCGAUUUCGGCCGCGGCGCUGGCCUCCGCGGCCCCCGUGGACAUCGACCGCUCGGUGCUGCCCACGCGCACCCAGGAGAAGGAGGCCAUCAAGCACCUCAACGACCGCUUCGCCAACUUCAUCGACAAGGUGCGCUUCCUGGAGCAGCAGAACAAGGUGCUGGAGGCACAGUGGUACGCGCUGCAGGAGAAGACCACGACCGGCUCCAGCGUCGACGAGAUGUUCGAGGCCUACAUCAACGGGCUCCGGAGGCAGCUCGACGGCCUGGGCCACGAGAACGGCCGGGCGAACGGAGACCUGGGCCAGAUGCAGGCCGUCGUGGAGGACUUCAGGGCCAAGUACGAGGCUGAAAUCUCCCUGCGCACGGAGAGAGAGGACGAGUUUGUCUUUGCCAAAAAGGACGUGGACGGGGCCUACCUGUCUAAGGUGGAGCUCGAAGCCAAACUCGACGGGCUCCAAGAGGACAUAAAUUUCAUGCGAUCCAUUUUUGCCCAGGAGCUCAGCGAGCUGGAGGCCCAGAUCAAGCACACCAACGUGCUGGUGGAGAUCGACAACAGCCGCAACCUGGACGUUGACGGUAUCAUCGCCGACGUGCGUCACCAGUACGAGACCAUCGCGGCGCGGAGCCGGGCCGAGGCGGACGCCUUCUACCAGGACAAGUUCCAGAGCCUGCACUCGGACAGCGGGAGGAACGACGAGGAGCUGCGCGUGACCAGGAACGAGAUCACCGAGCUCAACCGCCAGAUGCAGCGCUUCCGCGCCGAGAUGGAGGCCCUCAAGAAGCAGCGCGCCAAGCUGGAGUCGGCCAUCGCCGAGGCGGAGGGACGCGGAGAGGCCGACAUCCGGGAGGCCAAGGCGGCCAUCGCCCAACUGGAGGAGGAGAUCCACAAGGCCAAGCAGGAGAUGGCCAGACACGUGCGCGAGUACCAGGAGCUCAUGAACGUCAAGCUGGCUCUGGACAUCGAGAUCGUCACCUACCGCAAGCUGCUGGAGGGAGAGGAAUCCAGGCUGAACGUGAUCACGCAGCACCUGACAUACGGCGGAGGGCAGCAGAUGCUGAGUCAAGGGGGAGGCGUCUACAUGGCCGAGGGGGUCACGGGGGCCAUCGUCAGCCACAAGACCACGAGCACCGUCACGAUGUCGUCCGGUGCUUACGGUGGCGGAGUCACCUACGAGACUCUUUGAGGACACUCAGAGGAACGGUCGGAGUCGACACAGCAAGCCUGAAGCUUUUCUAUACUCGCGCUAAUCAGGGGGGCAGUGGGGGGGGGGGGGGGCGGGAAGUGGAGAACUUAUGGCUCAUGGCCUAUAUCCUUGCGGCCCAUGACCUCGUGAAGGCCACUACUUUAAUAAAGCCCUCAACUGACAUUUAUCAAUCACUGCAUGCACCUUAACUGCACUGAUCGGGUACACAAGGUGGAUUUUCGGACACGGCAACAACGGCGUGUUUCUAACCUUGUCCGUGAUAAAUCAAUUCUGUCACUGCGAAGGGCCUCUUACUUGCCAUUUCAGUGACCUGGGUCACUCUUGCAAAAAAGACACACCCUCUCGGCCUCUUGACUUCUCACCAGGUUAAACAAAACAAAACUAAAUCUAAACUCUGGCAGACGCGACCGACACGUGCGGGGUUAAAAUGCGUGGCCAGCCAAAGGGGCCCCAUUCGGCCCUCGGCGAGGAGACGGUCUCCCCCCACCCACGCACUUGUCAAUCGUCGCGCUUCAACCAGGAGCAGUGAGUGGGCCACGUGGGUGGCCGCGAUUGCAUUGUGAGACACGACGGCACGCGGACGCGGCCGUGCGGCGGCAGAGGCCAAUGCACGAGACCCGUCGCAAGGUUGGCUACGUACGGUGCAAAAGAAGUUCGACGUACAUACGUGCUUCUACUCGGAUCGCACAUUCAGGGUUUCGCGCUGUUGGGGCUCUUUAUGGCCUCGCUACAAGAGCUGGGCAGUGCGACAGGUAUGCAGGUGCAGCACGGGCAGACACUACCAGGCUAACAUGCAUAUGUACGCACGCGCGCAUACGUGCACACGUACGUAGGCACGCAUGCACACGUGAGAACGCACGCCAUGACUGGAGAUCAAAGCUCACGUUUAAACAGCUCUGGCCAAAGACGCGAUGGCAUGUUCUAAACAGAACAAUGGUCACAGUAAGUCAUAGUGCCUUUCACAACAAGCACUUUAUAAUCUACAAAUCACUAAAAGUGAAGAAAUAAAACUGGUAAUUCCGCAAAUAAAAGCUUACAAAAAAGGGGAAAUGUGUCUUUCAACUUGCAAUCAAUGCUAAGGAUUCGAAUUUUAAGAUUUUAAAUAUGUAUACACAAUUUCGGAUGUGAUGUGAAAACAUCGGAUGGGGAAGGUAAUACAAAAAAAAUAGCAAUUUGGACCAUGCCGCCAGCACACACAACAGACCACCCUUGCGAAUGACGUCAGGGGAUCUUAACAAACGUCCACUGUGAAGCAAACAGUGCACGUAUUUAAUACAUACCUCAAUACGGUCAUUAGCAUGGUCACUACACACCGGCGUAUUAACCAGGGCGGCUGCUGGAAUUGGAACCGCGAGCCUCUGCAACGAUCAGCGAACGCGUCGCGUCAAAGCCCGGUUCCAGGGGAGACGGGCACGCACGGCACUCCGGUGGCGGUCGAACCACGCGGCCUAAUGACCAACGUACACAUCGAAUGCUCGGCCCCCACCAGGAGGCGAGUCCCACGCCUGCAACUCGCCCAGAAAGCCCGGACAAAGUCGACGAUUCGUCGCUUCCAUUGGGACGAGACGUGACGUGGCAGAGGCCGGUGGCUUCACCGUGGACGCCAGACCAGGGCCACGCGCAAGAUAACGACCGCGGGAAGAGUUGCACCACGAGAGGCCGAGAAACCUGCGGCACGCGCCUUGAAAUAUGCACAACCCCAUACUGUGUUUUUCAUGUGGCUCUUUACAUCCCAACCCCCGCUUGUUUGUUUGGGAUAAACCCUGCUUGGCUUGCGUGUGUCACAUGACUGUCACCGUUUUAUACAAUA